AACCCAAGGGACGAGGAAGUAACACAAUAUACAAGACGACUUGCCAAUUUUUUUAAAAAAAUAGAAAUCUCAUUAAAAAAUACGAGAAAAUACUUCGUACGAAUUAGAAAACCCCAAAUGCAAAACCCCAUCAACUAACAGUCCGUCUUCUUCCUCUUUACAUUGAUCCUCCAAUCUGCAAAUCGCUCAAAAUGUGGGGUCGGAAAAGGCAAAAACCAUUGCAAGAACACCACUAUUUAACCCCAGAUUUAUGGAGGGAGGUCUUUGCCAGGUCGCCGGUGAAAACCCUUUUACAAUUCAGGUGUGUUUGUAAAACCUGGUGUUCUUUAAUUGAUUCUCCUGAUUUCAUUUCUAUGCAUCUCAAAUUUUACAAGAAUCCUCGAAUUUUAGCUGUUGAACCUAUACCCAAAACAUUUUCUGAUUUCAAAUUUAUAAUUCGUCGGAGUGAUUCAAUUAGAAAAAUUGCUCAACUUGAUACGAAUUUAGAAUCUCGAAUGAAUUUUGAAAGUGUUAUGGUUGAUGGGUUGAUGUUAAUUGGGCGAUUUACUUUCCAUGAUUCGGAUUCGAAAGAGUUGAGUUUGUGGAACCCUUCUAUUAGGAAAACCAUGUUACUUCCCCAUUGCCCUCUUAAAUGUAUUAAGUUUAGUAAUGUUGGAUAUUAUCUAGGAUUUGCACCUUUGAGUAAGGAUUAUAAAGUGGUUGCUUUGGAGGCAGUGGAGCUUGGUGAUGCCGAAGCUUCGGAGUUGUCGAUUGAGAUUGCAAUUUAUUCGCUUAGUGGCCGUGUUUGGAGGGUUAAACCCGACUGGAGAAAUGUUACAAGGUGGUGUUUUAGUUUAAUGAGGUUGAGGAAUGGGGCUGUUUUCUCCCAAGGGGCAUUGUACUGGAGACCUUAUUAUGGAUUCCCGGGGAAAGAUACUCAUCUUCUUUCUUUUGACUUAGAUACCGAGGAAUUUAGUUUUCUGAAGAUGCCGGAUUUUGGGGAGGAAAUGCGCAAGUUUCUUUUUCUCUUUGGUGGGUCAUUAGCAGUUUUUGGUAUUUCUCGCGUAAGAGCUUGUGUAUGGGUGAUUGAAAAGAAUCACGGAAAGGAGCCAUGGUGCCAAUUUUCUUCUGGAGAUUCUAAUUUGGAUGCCUAUAGAUUCUUUGAUUGUUGCUCAAUGCACAAUUUGCACAUGUUGUAUGUUGAAAAUACUGGUACAUUGUUGAUACAUGACUUUAACAAACUGAUGUCUUAUGACAUAACGAGUCAUCAAGUACAACAAAGGAAAUACUUUCGUUGUUCAUAUCUGGAUACUUAUGUGGAGAGCUUGGUGUUGCACAAAGGAUGUUAAGGCACAACUUUGACCUCACUCGCAUAAAAAAGACUACAACAUAAACUGGUAGAUGCCGAAUGAUGACAGUUUUGCUGGAGUAAUGGGUUAGCAAUUACAUAAAUCAAUGAAAACCGAAGAUUGUGAAGAGAAAUCCCGAUAGUUAACUUGAGAUUUUGCUGAAAGUGCUCUGUCCAAAAGAAAGAAGAAGAGGGAGCCUCGAUCUUGAAUAGAUUCAGAACCAUAAUUGUUCAUCAGAUUGAGGGGGUGUAUCUGGAUAAUAUGUUUAUAUCUAAAGGACACAACAGACUUUUCAUUAAUUAGGUUAUGUAGGUUUGAGCUUAGCUUCCUUCAGUUCUUUCGUACAAAGUUCAUAUUGGGAUUUUUCAUUUUCUGGGUUUUCAAGACAUCAAUACUUUAAUGAUUACGAAACAAUAAAGAUUUUUGGCCCCUCAAAAUACUUGAUUUUUUUAAUUUACCUUUUGAUCUAUUUUGGACCAUUGUUGUCAAAAUCGCGAUCCGGAUCGUGAGAUCGGGACCGUGUUUCUCCUUAUUGUUGAUAGGGAUUAUCCACGUAAAAAUCUUGUGUGCUUUUUCUUGUUGUCCUGAAUUUUAUUAUUCUUUCCGAUUAUGUGUUUAUGGUUGUUAUUUAAACUAUUUAAUUAAUUAAUUAAUCAAA